AUGCAGAUUCUACCUUAUCAAAUGAAACAGAAGUACAUAUCGUUACGUGAUUUCACUAAUUUCGAUGAGGCAUUGUUUCUACGGGACCUUUAUAAUCUUCCAUUUGAUGAUAUAUUUCAUCUGCAGUCAAUAGACGAAAAAGUAGAAUUCAUCAAUAAUUUGAUAACUGAACUCUUCAAUAAACAUUCUCCGUCAAAAAUCAUACGAGUCAAUAAACCUCACGCUCCAUGGCUUACUUAUGGGCUUAAGCAAAUAUUUAAAGAAAGAGAUGCUGCUCUGUCUAACCAUGAAGCCAAAAAAACUCGGGAAAGCUCCUGCUAUUAUAAGGAGUUGAGGAAUUUCGCUCUAGUUUCCUUCCGGCGUGAAAAAGCAGCUUAUUUCUCACAUGUUCAAAGAAGCAGGCAGUCUAAAAAACCUGGGCUGGAUUGA